UUUGCGUUGAGCCGAGUGACAAACCAAGCGCGCUUCGCCUCGUUCGCUUCCGCGACAGAGUCAUGCAGAGUCGCUGGUCAAACAACUCCACCUCUCUGCCGCCGCCACCAGUAACUGCGUGCUGUACGCGCAGCGUGUCGUAGUGUGUGAAGCUGGCCAUCGCCCGUUUUUUCUCUCGUAACGCCGUCGGACACUCGCACGCCUUGUGCAACAACGCGCGCGCCUAUCGCAGCAGCCACAUCAAGCCUCCGAGCGAUGAGCGUGGACUUUAAAGUCUGAACACCAGCAGGGUGUACAAUACAAAUACAGCAGUCCACAGUGAAACUACCCUUCUGGGCAAGUGGGACCUUGGUGUGAACUUGAGCUUGAGUGCUGAAUCAGUGGGUGAAUCACUCUGGAAUUCACUUUUAUUCAUUUAACCAAUAUAGAGAGAACAUUUUGCUCAUUUUAAGCAGGAAAACAUGCGUGAAUAUAAAAUCGUCGUGUUGGGCUCCGGCGGUGUGGGUAAAUCCGCCCUCACCGUGCAGUUUGUGCAAGGCAUCUUCGUCGAGAAGUACGACCCAACAAUCGAGGACAGUUAUCGCAAACAAGUCGAAGUCGACGGGCAGCAAUGCAUGCUGGAAAUUUUGGAUACGGCCGGCACAGAACAAUUCACAGCCAUGCGCGACCUUUACAUGAAGAACGGCCAGGGCUUUAUUCUGGUGUAUUCGAUAACGGCGCAAUCGACGUUUAACGAUUUGCAGGACUUACGAGAACAAAUACUCAGAGUCAAGGAUACCGAUGAUGUUCCAAUGGUGUUGGUCGGCAACAAAUGUGAUUUGGAGGAGGAGAGAGUGGUCGGCAAGGACCAGGGCAUCAAUCUGUCGCGCCAGUUUAACUGUGCCUUCAUGGAGACCUCCGCCAAAGCGAAAAUCAACGUUAUUGAUAUCUUUUUCGAUUUAGUGCGACAAAUCAACAAAAAAUCGCCCGAAAAGAAACAGAAGCAGAAAAAGAAAUCGAUUUGCGCGCUUCUUUAAAAGCAUGCCAAGCCAAAUACAACACAAUCUUCUCUACUAAGUAUACAAAAGAAACAUAAACACACAAAUAAUAAUUACAAGAGAAACGAAUUGCAAUCGGCGCCGCCAACCAUUUCGAAAACUGCAGCGAAACACACCACACACACACACACACAGUUUAACACAAUCGCAUCGUAAUUUUGUCGGUUAUCCAAACAAUUUUCCAAUCAGAACCAAAUCAUUAGCGAUUGCAAGACUAUUAUUAUUUUAUUAUAUAGUUUAUAUAUCUUAAGAAGCGAUAUUUUCAAUUUUAGCCACAAAAAUGAUGAGAACUAAACUAUUUAAUUUAAUAUGUACAUGUAUUUGUUGAAACACGGGGCAAACGGGGUAAAAACAAAGAGAGAGUAAAUAAAUGCGAGCCGAGAGUGGAUUGAAUUUUUAAAUCAGUAAUUGUAAAAUGUAUAAAAUUUUGAAAACUUGCGUUCGGAUGUAUGCAUACAACUGCCACUAACGAAUCGAUCUAAUUGAUUAUUUUUUUAAAAAUCAUCGAAGCAUAAUCCACACACACAUUAAAUAUUAAUCUAUAGAUAAACCAUUGGGCUGAUUGUGGAGCGCUGAUAAGACACAGACACAAACACACACAUUACAUGUAUGAGUUAAUAAUUGUAAACGGUUUUUUAAAACAAACACACAGUGCUAUUAUUUUACAUCAUAAUAUUUACGUACGUAUAAUAUAUUUAUAUUUAAACGAUA